GGUGGCGGCGUGUAACAUUCUGCGCGUAGGAAAAGAGUAGGGGGAAACAAUGGGCGCUUUGUGGUGGCAUUCUCUUCUCUAAGCUUUUAAAUUUUAAUAUAUUUUUAAAGUAGCCCCCCCUUUUUUGUUUCUUCUGGUACAGUCCAAACUAGCAGAGAGCGGUGAAUCAUAAGGGCUUUUAAAGUGACAGCCGAGGUCUCCCGCUUCCAACCUGUAUAAGAGCCGCUGAAGAUUGCAGAAAGCGGACCGAAGCUGGUGCAUUGGGGGGGGAAAGACAGCGAGGAGAGCCCGGACUCCUGGAGGGCGAGGCGAGGGUUGUGGGUGCAUUAGAGUAAAAGCAGCUGGAAGGCAGGGCUCUUGGGAAGGGUGUGUGUUGUAGGCGAGGCAGUUGCGCGCUCUAAAUCUUGCCUUGGACUCUGGGGCUGGGCACGGUUUGCAGGACGGCGCGGAUCUCAACGCGGCCCCCAGGAUGAAACAAGAGAACAUUUUCCUCUUCGUGCCCAACCUCAUCGGUUAUGCCCGCAUAAUCUUCGCGUUCAUUGCUUUCUAUUUCAUGCCAACGUCCCACUUGACAGCAUCUUUCUUCUACCUGCUGAGUGGCUUCCUUGAUGCUUUCGAUGGCCACGCAGCACGGGCCCUUAACCAAGGCACCCGAUUCGGCGCCAUGCUGGACAUGUUGACUGACCGCUGUGCCACCAUGUGCCUGUUGGUGAACCUAGCCAUGCUGUACCCUGAAUCUGCCCUCUUGUUUCAACUCAGCAUGAGCCUCGAUGUGGCCUCCCAUUGGCUCCACCUCCACAGCACAGUGGUGAAAGGUGGAGAGAGUCACAAGAGCAUUGAUUUAUCUGGGAAUUGGAUCCUCCGGAUAUAUUACAACUCCCGGACCGUUCUCUUCAUCAUGUGUGCUGGCAAUGAGCUCUUCUACUGUAUGCUGUAUUUGCUGUGCUUCGGGGAAGGGCCAGAAAUCUUGCCAGGACACAUGGGUCUCUAUCGCCUGAUACUGUGGGUUUCCACCCCCAUUGCCAUCACCAAGAGUCUCAUCAGCCUGGUCCACUUGAUCUCUGCCUCAUGCAAUAUGGCGGCUUUGGAUGCUGCAGAACGGUCGAAGAGGAAGUAGUCUUUGAAGAAGACGGUGCAGGGGAAGGAGCAUCAUUUCCCCUUCUCAAGAUUCCACCGGGACCAGCUGCCAAUCCUUUCCAUGAUGGGAUGGGGUUUCGUCUCAGAUCAGCCACUCCAGUCGUUCUGUAGUUCUUGCUUGGUUCAACACCUCUUCUCACACUUGUCCCCCCUCCCACACCCUCAGCAAUAAUGUUUUGUGGCUGUAUGUGGGUGGGACAGAUCCUGUUCUUCCUGGCUGCUUCUUUCAUUUCCACAGUGCUUUGUUCUCUAUGGAUCAUUGGCUAACGGGAGGAAAUUACCUCAGUUGUGGGCUGAUGGAGAGAAAUUUGGUCCACCAUUUUGUGAGCUGCUAAAUCAAUGCUUAUCUUGGCCUCAUGGUUCUGUUCCUUGCACACCACUGGUGUGUCUUCACCAGUGGAACAAAAUUCACUCAUGAAAGUGGCCCUGUUGCUUCCUGGCCUAGUUGUCUGUUUUCCAGACAUAUGGUAGAAGUAUCCCUUUAAGCAGGAAGGCAUAUCUUUCCAAUAAUUCUCCCAAAUGUACCUGGGCGUAGGCAUAACCAUUUACUUUUAACUAUCCUUGCUUGAAAAUGAAUAUCCUAUGCUUUUAUUAAUUAACCUUACUUGUGACUUCCUCAGAAGGUCCCAUAUCCAAUUUUGCACUAUCCUGGACUUAUAUCUGGCAGUUCAGUUUGACCACUGUGGAUCCAUUUUAACAAGAGACCGGGGUGGGGUGCUCUCACAGUAUGUUUCCACACAACUUGUAUGUUUCUACAGAAAUGCUUGAUGAUAGGGGCCAUUCAGUGUUCACUGAAUUACCUUGUCUGCCCCCCUGGGCUGCAUUUGCUACAUAGCUUUGGUUUUCUCUGAGGGAAUAGAGAAGGAGCCAUUUUGUGGCGGCAGUGCCAAGUCUUUUGGCUGUGACACUUCACAUACAAUUUCAGACUGUCCAUGACUGAAACCUGCUGAUUUCCUUCCAUCCCCCAUAAUCAUGUGUUUACACUUUCUAAGGAGUACACUAGGACUCUGCUGUGAGAUAAAUGAUUACUACUGUUGGCAGCCACCUUGUUUACUGUAAUUUCUCCCUUCUUUAUUCAAGUGUUGCCUGCCCUGCAACUUUGUCCCCAACUUUGUCCCCAACUUUGGGGACAAAGAUAUAACUCACCUUUGUUUCUCUUAUUUGUUUUCUGUGAGGCUCUGGGUUAGGAUUGCCAGCCGAAGACUGGCAAUCCCCAGGAGCUUUUGAGGGUGGGGCAACGUGUUGUAUGACCCUGCACCAUCUCUGCUGGUGGCAUAGCCAGAAGUGACAUCAUGUGCUGCCACUUCCUGUUAUGUGAUCCACAAGUUUAGUUCCCACAAUUUCUCCUGUUGCUGUUCUGGGCAGCAGCAGACGUAGGGGCCUAUAACUGGAAACCAGGUCCUCUUACUGGGUCUACACUCAUUCCCAGAGAUGGUAGAGACUCAAAGUUUGAACUGGUAGGAUCCUUUACUCUUUCCUCAAUAAUUUAGGCAGUCGCUUUAAGUUGCCCUAUUGCCUCAUAGUUCUAUUCCCCUGUAUGAACUUUUUUCCAGCGAUGGCUAGGUUUACAGUGACUUGGUGGCCAUCUUGGAUCUCUCGAUUCCUUUUCUUUCCCCCUGAAGAAGUUAAUUCUUCAUAUUGGCCAUAGGAGUACUGAUCAGACAGUAGGAAAGACGGAUGGACAAUAGCAGCAGAAUUGGACAGCCUUAUUAGAAGAGGCAGGUUUAGAGGCAUUUAAGAGUUGGUAGCCAUAUAGAAGGAAUCAUCAUUGUAUAUUGAGCCAAAGAACUGAAUUUGCCACACACCUCAGCUUCAGGAGGGGAGUGGGAGCACACCUGCUUAGCUUGGUAAUUUAUUCUUCCUUGCUUCCCUUGAAUGCCCCAUACCGUCUCCUUCAGGAGGGGAUCAGUGUUACCUUGCAAAACCUUCACAAUAGCACUGCCACACCUUCACAACCCCAAUUGUAUGUAAUUUGUAUGUGCUUUUUUUAAUUAAAAAGACUUUGUGCAAUAAGAGGCAUCUCUCUUUCAACAGAGAGUUGCUAAAAAUAAAUUACUGUGUGAUCCGUG